AUGCGCGUCUCUCUCGCGGUUCUCGCUCUCCUCGGCCAAUCUCUCCUUGGUGCCGCACAAAUAGGCGAGGAAGGCCAGGGUCUUGAAAAGCGUGUUAUUCGGGUCUCGACGGUCUCAGGCUCCGAUAUCGUCUAUACCCCAAUCACCUUUUACGUGCCGACCUACAGACUCACCCACACCGCCCACCCGCCGAAGCCCACGAGACCCCCUCGGUCAAAGAGGCCGACCAGGAGGCUCAGCAUUGGCAGACCAACCAAGACCAGGAAGCCUCCUGCUCUGCCGAGCAAGACGAGAACAUACAGCGACUGCGGCGGAUUUCGCCCUACGCCCCCGACUUGUGCUGAGGGGUACACUUGCGUCGACGACCCGUGGCGCGGCGGCUGCGGCAUGGCGUGCGAUUGGCCCGGUAUCUGUAUGAUUGAAUGCGGCGGAUUCCUUGGGAAGGCAUGCCCUAAGGGUAUGGAGUGCUUGGAUAGGCCUGGGGAUGGUUGUGACCCGCAGAAUGGCGGAGCAGACUGCAUGGGACUAUGCUUCUGA